AAGGGUCCGGGUUGGACUCGAGUGCCGCCGGCGAGUCCGGACGGCGAGGGGGCCACCGGCGAAGCAGCGAGAGGGGGACUGGCACUCGGGCGGCACCGGCGGGUCGACACGACGAGGCGCUCGCUGCAGGCCAGCCGCGAAGCAGCGAGAGGUGGCCUGGGACUCGAGCGGCGCCGGCGAGUCGAGACGACGAGCUGCUCGCUGCAGGCCAGCGGCGAAGCAGCGAGGGGCGAACUGGGACUCGAGCGCCACUGGGGGGAGCGGGCCUGACCUGAACUGGUCGAGCUGACGACGGCUCCCUGGUGCGGGGCAGGGAGUCGGCGUCGGAGCGGGGCGGCCGGCGUAGAGCUGCGGCGGAGCAGAGGACUGGAACAUCUUGGGUCACUAGUCAGGUCAGGGCUUCUGCACAGGUAUGAGAGGGACCUAUGAUCCACUGCUGGGGGCGCGGGUUGUGCAAAGAACUGAUGAUGUGCAAGGAAGUGUUCUCCAUCAGCUAUCUUUGAUUUGGCGAGAGAUCGAACCUUUCAUCUUCCUUGGAGCAGCUGUUGGCUUGGGUUGGGCAGCAUGGAAGUACUACGAUCGUAAAGCGGCUAUGCGCACCUACGGGCGCCACAUCACCGGCAAGGGAGUCGGACUGGUUGUCGGCCGUGAUGAUGAGAUCGACCGCGUUAUUUCCAUCCUCUGCCGCAAGACCAAGAACUGCGCCGCGCUGGUUGGCCACGCGGGGGUUGGCAAGACUGCCAUCGCCGAGGGGCUCGCACAGCGCAUCGCUACCGGCAAGGUACCUGCUGCUCUUGCUGGGGCACGUGUCGUGGAGAUCGACCUCGGGACCAUGGUUGCUGGGACUUGUUUGCGCGGUAUGUUUGAGGAGCGAAUGAAGAGCGUGAUAAAGCAGGCGGAGAAUGCGGGCGGCAAGAUAAUUCUCUUCAUCGAUGAGAUGCACGUGGUUCCUGGUGCUGGUGAUAGCCACGGAAAUACAGACGCUUCCAGCUUGCUGAAGCCGGCUUUGGCCCGUGGUCGUAUCCGCUGUGUAGGUGCGACGACUUUUGAUGGUUACCGCAAUUACAUUGAGAAGGAUCCUGCACUCGAGCGGCGAUUCCAGAAGGUGCAUAUCGAGGAGCCAAGCACGCAGGCGACAAUUGGCAUUCUGCGGGGGCUAAAGCAGCAGUUCGAACAGCAUCAUGACUUGGAAAUCCAAGAUGCUGCUCUUGUUGCUGCUGUGCAGCUUGCUGCCCGCUACAUCACUGGUCGUCAAUUUCCGGAUAAGGCUAUUGAUCUGAUUGAUGAGGCGUGCACUGCCAAAAUAAAAAGGGCGAUUUCUGAAAAUUCAUUGAAGGGAGCAGCUGUUGAACCAAAUGAUGUCGCACAAGUUGUGAGCCAAUGGACUGGAAUUCCUGUAUGUGCACUUGAGCAAGAGGAGAUGGAUAAGUUAAUCCACCUAGCGGACAGGCUUCAUGAGCGAGUUAUUGGCCAGGAUGAAGCGGUAAAUGUGGUUGCUGAAGCAGUGGUAUGUUCUAUGACUGGCCUUGAUCAUCCGGGCCAACCCAUAGGAUCUUUCCUCUUCUUGGGCUCAACUGGUGUUGGAAAGACAGAGCUUGCAAAAGCUCUUGCUGAGCAGCUAUUUGGCAGCGAGAAGAUGUUGGUUCGCUUUGACAUGUCUGAAUAUGUUGACAGUGGAUCUAUUUUGCGUCUCAUUGGAGCACCCCCAAGCCAUGAUGGCUAUGAUGACGGGGGGCAACUGACUGAGAAAGUUAGAAAUCGCCCAUACAGUGUCAUCCUUUUCGAUGAGGUGGAGAAGGCAGAUCCCUCGGUGUUGAACAUUUUUAUUCAACUUCUUGAUGAUGGUGUGUUGACUGAUGGCAAAGGACGGACGGUAGAUUUCAAGAAUACCAUCAUCAUUAUGACAUCAAAUCUAGGAGCAGAGCACCUCACAGCAGGAAUGGCCGGAGAAAUCACAAUGGAUGCGGCACGUGACCUUUUGAUGAAACAGGUUCAGAAACACUUCAAACCUGAGUUCCUCAACAGGCUGAGUGAGAUUGUGGUAUUUGAGCCGCUUUUGCAUGACAAACUGAAGGAGAUUGUGAAAAUCCAAAUGAAGAGCGUCAUUGCCAGGGUGGCUGACAAGGGCAUCUCUCUUUUCGCAAGUGAUGCUGCGUUGGAUGUCAUUUUAUCGGAAUCAUACAACCCAAUGUAUGGUGCAAGGCCCAUAAGGAGAUGGUUGGAGAAGAAUGUGAUGACUAAGCUGUCCCAAAUGCUGGUUAAGGGUGAGGCCAGUGAAGGCUCGACAAUCACCAUUGAUGCUGCGGACGACAGGAAUAAGCUCAGGUAUAAAGUAACGAAGAAGGCAGAGCUUUCCAGUGUCAUCUGCAACACCGACAUCGGUGGUAUGGCUGCCGUGGUGAGUCCCAUAAAAAGAGUUGUCUCUCUGUUAGCGAGGGUGGCCCUAAAGCAUCCUGACGGGCCUGCGAGGAAGACCUUGUAACGGGAGUUAAGACAUAGACCAGUUAAAUUAUGAGGAAACUAAACUCACGCUACGACUAAUAUGAGCAAUUCCUCUGUACUUGGGAAGCUCAACUCUAAUAGGAGGUUUGUUUAACAACUACUGAGGAAAGCUGGUUAGUUCAACCUACGCGGAGGUUCCUGUGGUUUUCUGGGAAACUACCUUUACAGUCGGGUAUCUAGGAAUUGUAAUUCUCUCACUAUGUUCAUCUUUUGGCAAACCAAGUCUCUUGGAAUUUGAAAUCCAACUACCUCCUGUAGCUUUAGUAGACCUGUAAGUCAGUAGAUGAUACCCAUUGUUCUGUAUCUUUAGACUUCAUAGCAGUAGAAUUACAUACAAUCAAUGCAUUAGUGACAUUGCAAA